GUCCUCGGUCUCCCGCCCAGUUCGAUUAUAACGUUACAUAGCCUGUUAGAAUUGUUUUCUUCCUUGGAUGCCAAUCCACCGACUGGUUGUUUCACUUGUAAAGUUGUACCCAAUAGUAUCGUGUAAUACCGUCGUCAACAUCGGCAACUCCAAGUUCAUCGUCUAAGAAUUCAAAAUAUACGUUAUUUCUCAUCAACGGGUGCAAUUACAUCUAUAUCUGAGGUGAACUUUCACUGUAAACUAUUUCAAAUGUCUAAACUGUGGCCUAUUUCGAAAGUCUCUAAGCUUAUUCCUCAUUGUUGGAUCCCGUUUAGUUCAGUUUUAUCUCGUCGUCACUUUUCUGUGAAUAUAACACCGAGUAAAAGCGUUUUUGCGGUAACUGGUAUUCAGUCAAGUGGAAAACCUCAUCUUGGAAAUUAUCUUGGUGUUAUUAAACCAUGCAUUAAAUAUUGUCGCAACAAUGAUGUAUCACAGUUUUUUAUGAUAAUAGCUGAUUUACACGCUGUUACAUCACAAAAUUGUGCAUCGUUAGAGCAUCAAAUUCAUGAACUUGCAGUAACUCUACUUGCUUGUGGAUUUGAAAGCAAAUCUUUGAAACAGCUCAUGUUUUUACAGUCAUCUGUAGCUGGUCACACUGAACUAGCGUGGAUUCUGUCUUCAGUCUGUUCCUUUCGUAGGUUAGCUCAUUUACCUCAAUGGAGAGAAAAAUCUGGUUACUAUAACACAGCAUCCAAUGUUCCGACGACUGAUGAUCGACAAAUAACUGACGUGUGUGAUACUGUCUCCGUCGGUUUAUUUACAUAUCCUGUUUUACAAGCCGCUGAUAUACUUCUUUACGGAGCAAAUGUUGUCCCGGUUGGUAUUGAUCAGAUAACUCAUAUUGAAUUGGCACGUGACUUGGUUCGAUCAGCUGUACAAAAAUGGCCUUCCUUAUCUUCUGUUCUACAAAUUCCAGAUAGUCUUAUUUUCGAGACACCGAAAAUAACCGAUUUACGAAAUCCAACUAAGAAGAUGAGUAAAUCAGAAACAUCAGAAUAUGGGAUUGUCUAUCUUACAGACUCGCCAGAUAUUAUUCGUAAAAAGAUUAAACGUGCUGAAACUGACAGUAUCCGAGGAAUUAGUUAUGAUAUUGUAGAACGUCCUGGUGUAUCGAAUUUACUAAGAAUACUAGCUGCUCUAGAGGAUCGUCAAAUUGAUGACAUUCUCUCAACCGCAAGUCAAUGGAGUAAAGAAGACUUGAAGUCAAGAGUUACAGAUGCUCUCAUUGAAGAAUUCGAUCCCAUUCGUAAACGAAUUGAUGAGUUAAUGUAUACAGAUGAUGGUCAAUCUAUUGUAACUGAGUGCCUAACAUUCGGCGCAGAACAAGCCAAUGAAGUGGCUUCGAAGCGCCUAGAAUUGAUUUAUUCAACGAUUGGCUGUAAACUACCAUCUGGAAAGAGAAAUUUCAUGUCAUCCUCUUAUGUGAAUACUAUUAAAACUGGUACUGGAAUAUCAACCUGACUUUCAGUUUUCUUUCUUCGUUACUUCGCUUCCUUGUAGUAUAUCUUGAAUACUCCUCUCUGUAUGUGUAUAAAAUCACAACAUUGUAGAUAGCACUUUUUCUAUACAUAUUAUUUUAUACGUUGUUGUAUGAUAUCUUCGCCAAGCCCACCCCCCCACACCUUAUUCCCUGAUUAGUGCUGGUAUAUGAUAUCCCUUGUCUAUAAACAGUUAUUAUGAAUAAUACAACUAUUGUUAAAUUACAAAAUUCGUAAAAUAUAAGCGGUGAUUAAAUUCGGCACCUAUAGGCUAUAAGUCAUCAGCAGUAAUCAACUUCUAAUAUUUUAUAUUAUUAUUAUUAUUGUUAUUGUUCCC